AUGCCUCAUUCAGAUAAAGUUAAUAUGUUGUUUAUUUAUUGGGAGUGUCAAAAAAAUGCAAGUCUUGAGGCACAAACAUAUGCACAACGUUACCCAGAUAGAGAACAUCCUGUCCAUAGUUUUUUUUAUAACUUAGAAAGGAAUCUAAAAACCUAUGGAUCAUUUUCUAAAAGGGUAAAUAAUUUACAACAAAGACGAGGUCAUGCUUUAGGUGAAGAGGUCGUGGUAAACCUAUUAGCCUAUGUUCGAGCAAAUCGCAGAAGUUCAACACGGCACGUUGGUAGAGAGCUUGGAAUAUCUCAUACCACAGUUUGUAAGAUAUUAAAAAAAUAUAAAAUGCAUCCAUAUCGACCAGAUUUAGUUCAGCAUUUGCGUCAGGGUGAUGCACCUCGUAGACUAGCGUUUGUUGAGUGGUUGAUGACCAGCUUAGACGAAAAUCCAUUAAUUUUAAACUCAAUACUAUGGACAGAUGAAUCUAAGUUUACUAAUAAUUGUGUAAUUAAUAAGUAG